AUGGACACUACCGUCGAUACUGACGGUACGGCGUUCAUUUGUCCUGAAUGCAAUUUUAAUGGUAAAAGCUUACCAGAAUUAAUUAGCCAUCUAGAUGAAGCACACAGUGAAGAAACUGCAAGUAGAAGCGAAGCACCACCAAAAAAUCUUUCAUCAACAGUACAACCAGAAAAACGAUCGAGACGCAAACCAGCUUUUAGUCAUCAAAUUAUUUCUCAAGCAUCUCGACCAUCACCCGUUAUAUUCAAUCAACAAAUUCAAUCAAGUAUUGAAUCAGAUUCAAAUGAACUAUGGAAUCGUAUUUCACCAUCGGAUAGAAAUGAACCAUCAAUCUUUCAUUCCCAUAUUACAGAUGAUUCAUCAAUAUCAAUAAUUAGUGAUGAAAAUACAAAUAUAAAUAUAAAUUCGAAACAUUUACCAAACUCAAUGUGUGUCACUAAACGUAAUCCAAAUGUACUUCAUUCAAUUCUUAGUCAACAACGACCCAUAGCACCAAAAAAUGGUUCACCAACAUCAACAAAAAUAACACCAAUAUCAUCACCAACUACAGAUAACAAUUCAUUUUAUUCACCUAUACAUUCAUCUAUACAACCAUAUAGAAAAAAUUUUCAAUGUCGAAUGUGUCAUUUAACUUAUAAAAAUUUUCAUGAUUGUACAGCACAUAUACGUAAAAAACAUGAAAUAAGUCAUGCACAAGCUGGACGAUAUGUUGAAAAACUUGAUACAGAUGCAACAUUACCGCCAUCAGCAACAGGAAAUUAUAAAUUUCGUGUUAAAGGUAAAUCAUUACCGCCACAACAAAUAAAUUUUCCAUCAACAAUUAAACGAACUUCAUUGACAUCUAAUAUGAAUAAUGUAUAUCAAUGUAAUUAUUGUUCAUUUACAAGUAAUUAUCCUCAUGAAAUAAAUAAACAUCAACGUAUAAUACAUCCAAAUUAUCCUCCACAUAUAUUUCCACAAGAAUAUCUUAAUGAAGAUAAUGAAAUAAAUAAUAAUAAUAAUAGUUAUAAUGAUGAUGAUGAUAAUAAUGAUGAUGAAGAAGAAGGUAUAUCAACACUUUUAAUUGAUCCAAUACGAGCUUUUGGAGAAGUUAUUGAUACAAUUGAAAAUGACAAUGAAUGUCGUGAUGAAGAAAUUUUGAUAGAACAUGAUAUUGAUGAUGAUGAAGAAGAUGCUCUUUGGAAAUAUCAGCAAGAAAUAAAUGAUUUAUCCGAAUCAGAUAUGUUUACAAAUAAUAAUCAUUCAAAUUAUUCAUUAUCGAAAUCAUUUAAAAAAUUUCGUUGUCCACAUUGUGAACAUUCAGCACCAACAUUAACGAAACUUAAACUUCAUGUUGCAACACAUAUUAAUAUUAAACCAUUUAUGUGUUCAAUAUGUGGAUGGAGAGCAAAUCUUCGAUGGUAUAUUCAGUGUCAUGCAAGAAAACGUCAUUCAAAUAUGAAUUUUGAAGUCUUACAAUUAUCUCAUGAAGAAGCUGAACAAACAAUAAAUGCUUAUAUGAAAGAACGAGGUCUUGAUAUAAAAUUAAAUGGUAAUCAAGAAUCAAAACGUUAUUAUCAAUGUUCAUCAUGUCAAUUUCGUGCAACACAUCCAAAAUUUCUUGAACAACAUAUAACUAUUAAUCAUCCAAAUAAAUCCUAUACAAAAAUGAUUCCUAAUAAUAAAAAACAUCAAAUCAAUAAACUUAAUUCUUUAAUACAACAAACAAAUGGUCAUACUAUAAAAUCUACACAUAUUAAUGAACAACAUAAUGAUGAUAAACUUUAUUCGAAAUUUAUGAUAAAAUCUUCAAUAAAAAAAUCAAAUGGUGGUGGUGAUUAUCAUCAUGAUGAUAAACAAUCAUCAUCAUCAUCAUCUCAAGCACUUUAUAAUCGUUCAAGUUUAAUACAAUCCGAUGGAACUGUUAUUUUACCUGAUCCAUCACAAAUUGUUUAUCCAAAUUUUUCUACACAUGCAAAUUUUAAUUCCAAUCGUUUAUUUUAUUGUGCAUUAUGUUAUCGUGGUUAUCGUUGGCGUUAUGAUGUUAAACGUCAUCAUAAAACAAUGCAUGAAACACCUGAAGAUGAAGCUGCUAUGGGCUUAUCAAUGAGUCCAAAAUCAAUAAAACGUCGUAAUAAAGAAUUUAAUCGAAAUUUUCGAUAUUUAGAAUAUGUACCACAGUUAGAUGGUCUUAUACCAGCAUCAAUGUCAAGUGUAAAUAAUAAUCAUAUAUCAUCAUUUAAACAUGAAAAUGGUUUAGAUGAUGAACAUACAUUUGAAGAACAUAUAACUGAUGAUGAUGAAAGUCAAGAUGAUGAUAUUAAAUUAAGUAUUGCCGAUGCACGGACAGUUGAUAUAACUGAAGAUGAAGCAGCAGCAUUAUUAAUGAUUGAACCACAAAAAUCUGAUCAAAGUUCAAUACUUGUUACUGAUCAUGUUGAUGAUUCAAUAAUUAUAUUUGAAGAUGAUCGUUUAAAAACAAAUGAAAUAUGUAAAACAUCAAAUCGUACAUCAACUGGUUUUAAACCAUAUCGUUGUCCAUAUUGUUUUUAUCGAACAAAUUGGCGUACAGAUUCAUUACGACAUAUACGUGCACGACAUAAAAUUGAACCAACACAAGAUGGAUAUUAUGAAAUGACAUCGGAUGAUGCUGAAAAUACUUAUGCGGAAUAUGAACGUACAUUUGGUUUUGUUGUUUCAAAAAAAGUUUUGGGACGUUUUACGGAUUUUCGUCAUAUUGAAUGGCAAGAUUUACAAAAAUCAAUAUGGGAAAAAAUUAAAGAUAAACAAGGUUAUGAACAAAUUAUUUAUGAUCGUCUUCGACCUGAUAAUUAUUCUGAUGUAUCAAAAAAUAUGUCACCUGCACCAUUACAAACAAUUGUAACAACACCAACAUUAAAUAAAACACCAUCAUCAUUAUCUGUAAUAAAACCGAAACGAAUGUUUACUUGUAUGGAAUGUGCAUUUCGUUCACAUAAACUUGUAGAAUUAGAUAAACAUAAUUGUACACAAAUUCAAAAAUUUAAAAAUGAAAAACCUCAUGGAAAAUGUCUUAUUACACUUUAUGAAUGUACGAAAUGUUCAUAUCGAACAAUAUAUAAAAAUUAUGCAAGAAAACAUAUUUAUUUACAUCGAUUUAAAAAUAAUAAUAAUCUAAAAAUAUUUUAUUAUUGCUCAUUUUGUGGAUAUAAUCAUCAACAACGAAAUAUUAUUACUGUACAUAUUGCUAAACAUCAUCCAAUGAUAAAUACAUUAACAACUACAAUUUCUUGUCAAUAUAAUUGUGAUGCCGAUUUUACAAUAAAACAAGUUAGUUUAUAUCGAUCAUUUAUUGAACGUCAAUUAACUAAUUAUCAAUUAAAUAAAUCUCGAGUUUUCUAUUGUACGACUUGUCCACAUGUAUCAACAUCAAUAUUAGAACAUAAUCAUCAUCAAUUAUGUCAUGAAGAAAAUCCAAUAAAUAUUUAUAAAUGUUCAUAUUGUUCAUUUGCAUCGAAUUCUUUAUUAUAUACACAUCAACAUAAUUUAUUGCAUUCAAAAACAAGUCGAUUAUUAUCAUUAUAUACAGAUACAAAAAAUUUAAAAGAUCUUUCUGCUUCGAUGAUUUUUAAAGAAACUCUUGGUAAAAAUCGUCGUUAUCAUUGUCCAUUUUGCAGAAAAUUUUCUUCAAGUACUUCAUCAGUCGUACUUUACCAUAUUAAAAAUAUUCAUACUGGGAACAGUAACCAACUUAAUGAUAGUUUAAUGAUCGGCUCGGAUAUGGCCAAAGAAAUACUUGCAUUAGGAAAGACGGUGAAUGAUGAUCAACAGAUGGAUAUUAGUUGA